AAGAAAACGAGCUCUAAUUUUAAGUAAACACUUUAUAGACUACAGUGUGUAAACAGCCAUACGCGUAGUAGGCCUAGAAGGAAAAUCUGGCGAACUGGGUUGUGGGAUAUGACAGUGCUACCAGCUAGCUAGCCUCUUGGAGAACUGAGUACACUGACCAGAGUGAGCAAGCAAGCCAGCUGUCUUCGGCGGACUGAUGUUGCUUUUAUAAAAGACCAGUAGACAAGCUCGUGUGUUCGCCGCGGCCAUGGACGAGGGGGCGCUGGUGGCGUCCAUCCAGACGUACAGCGGCCAGCUGCAGCAGGUGGACGCGGCGCUAGCGGCCGGGCUGGACCCCGAGCAGCGGGCCGACCUGCUGCAGCUGAGGGGCGACCUGCAGCAGCUGGUGGAGCUGACGGAGUCCAGCCUGCUCAGCCUGAGGAAGAGCCAGCUGCUGGCCAGCCUGGAGGCUCCUACGGAGGCUCUGCAGGCACACACAGAGCAGAGCACCGCCUCCUUCUACUCGGAGUUGACCGGACUGGGAGUGGACAGUCACUCAUCUGCACCUGCCGGGGAGACGGAGUCCAGAGAGGAGGAGGAGGAGGAGGAAGAGGAGGUCAUUUCUAGCGGGAGUAAAGUACGAGCACCAUACCGCACCUCCUGGGGCACUCUGGAGUAUCACAACGCCAUGGUGAUGGGGGCGGAGCCUGCUGAGGAAGGGGAGGAGCUUGUCCGUGUCCUCUACCUUCACCCCACCCACCGCUCCAUGAAGCCCUGCCCCUUCUACCUGGAGGACAAGUGCCGUUUCCCAGACAACUGCAGGUUCUCUCAUGGGGAGGUGGUGGCGGUGGCCGAGCUCAGGGACUUCCUGGAGGCGGACCUUAGUGCGCUGGAGGAGGGGUCUUCCUGUCAGGCACGACAUGACGAUGGAGUGUGGUAUCCUGCCAAGAUCACUGAGUUGAAGGGUGGCGUGUACAAGGUGAAGUUUGAUUCGCUGCUGUUGAAGGAGGCGGAGUUAGAGGCAGAUGGUGUGAUCCCGCCCAUGCGGACCGAUGAUCCCGCCUCCUCGGAAUCUGAGUCUGAGGAAGAUGCAGAAGCAGGCUUUGCUAAAGUGGUGGACAGCGAGGACUCUGGCUGGGCAGAGGUAAACAGCUCUGAGUUUGGCGGCUGGGAGGUUCACACACGCGGCAUCGGCUCCAGACUACUCCUGAAGAUGGGCUACGAGCAGGGCAAAGGCCUGGGUAAGAGUCUGGAGGGGCGUGUGGAGCCGGUGCAGGCGGUGGUGGUGCCGCGCGGUGCGGCCGCUCUAGCGGAGUGCGGAGAGCUGACCCGAUCUCUGGCCACUCGGCCGACCCGCCCCAAACCGCCCGGCGCCACCGGACCCAAACCCACCGGGCCCCGCAAGCGGCUCCGCAGGAAGCCCCACGGCGCCGACGGCAAACCCAACGUCUUCGACUUCCUCAACGCCAAGCUGGGCCCCGCACAGGGACACUCCUCCUCUGGGCCCACCGCCGCCAAUGCAGUACCGCGCGACGCAUACAGAGGGCGCCAGAGCGACACGAGGGCCAUGAACGUGCAGCUGUUCCAGGCCACCGAGAGGGUCGCACACACACAGAAGGAGAUCCAGGAGCUCACACACUCACUCAAGCGCAAGGCUGGCAGGGAUGCUGCGGUGGUCAGUCGUCUGGAGGAGAAGCUGGCUGCGGCGCAGAAGCGACUCGUUCAGCAGAAAUCUCAGGAGCAGCUCCUCCAAUCACAACGCAAGAGGGCGGAUACACACAAGAACAUGACCGAGUUCUGACCAAUCACAACGCAAGAGGGCGGAUACACACAAGAACAUGACCGAGUUCUGACCAAUCACAACACAAGAGGGCAGACCAGGACAUGACGGUGUUCUGACUAAUAAUGUGAGAGUGCCGAUGCACUUAUGAACAUUACCAAGGCCUGACAUAGUACACACACACACACACACACACACACAAACGUGAUGGAUCAGAGAGAGUGUAUGACAAACACGUCAUCAACACGACAGGGCCCUGGACAUGAGGGUGUUCCCAUGAGCACUCACAAGAACAUUACACUCUUCUGACCACACCCCAGAACACACCUCUGACCACAGCACUCUCAGAACAGAAAUCAGAACUUAGAACUCAGAACUCAGAACUCAGAUCUCAGAACCUGGCUCAGCCCUACGCCACGCCAGAGAUCUGAGGGUCUACCACUGUCCUUGUGUGUGUGUGUGUGUGUGUGUGUGUGUGUGUGUGUGGAGGACCACAGUGUGGGUCUCAGACUACAGAAUGAAGUGGUUUUGUAAGAUAAGCUCGUGGGGCUUUUUUUAUGUCUUGGACAGACCUUUUAGUUCCUGGGGAAAGUGAGAUAUUCAUGUUUCUGUUGGUACUGUUUGAUUCUCUGUGUUUAUCUGAGAGGUUUUUUUUUUUUUAAAUAUUAGUUCUGAACAGUCUGUAGAUGAUGAGACCACAUGAGAAUCCUCUGCCUUCACCCUCACCUGAUCUACUGUCACUACUCUAGUGAAGGUCACAUCCUUUCUAGUGAAGGUCACAUCCUUACUAGUGCGCUGGAAGAGGAGACUGAUCUACUGUGACUAGUGAGGUUGGAUCUUUCUAGUGCGCUGGAAGACUGUAGAUCUGAACGCUGCUCUGCUGGACUUCUCCCAGACGUACUGGUCAACUCCCCUGUCAUGGCUGGCCCGUGUGUCGUCCUGAUUGAGCCAUGAUGGGGCGCUGCCUCUGCCUUGGUGUCUGUGUACCUAGCGGGUGAUGGGGAUCUGUGUGUGUGUGUGUGUGUGUGUGUGUGUGUGUGUGUGUGUGUGUGUGUGUGUGUGUGUGUGUGUGUGUGUGUGUGUGUGUGUGUGUGUGUGUGUGUGUGUGUGUGUGUGUGUGUGUGUGUGUGUGUGUGUGUGUGUGUGUGUGUGUGUGUGUGUGUGUGUGUGUGUGUGUGUACCUAGCGGGUGAUAGUGCCAGUUCACCUGCCAGUUCACCUGCCGUCGGCUUUCUUUUUCAUUUUUCCUUUUUACUUUAUGGAAAUAAAAAAUAUCUCA